AUGGAUAAGUUUAUAGGUAUUGGUAAAGUUAUUCAUAAUACAGGUAUAGAUUGGCUUGUUUCUGAUGCAAAAUCCAUCCAACUAAUCGAGAUCGAGGAAAAUUUUUUUCCAUCAUCAAUUGAUAGUAAAUUAAGAAAUGAUAAAUUAACAAUUGAGCUUGGCGUAUUUAUCGAUGAUGCUCUUUGGAUAUAUUAUCAGCAAUUAUAUGAUAAUAAGGCCGAUUUAAUCCUUCAAAAUUAUGCAUUUGCUAUUGUAAACAAUGUACAAUUUAAAGAAGCUAACAUUUUAUUUUUAUAUAAAUCAAAUUAA